AUGCGAAGCCCUGGCUGUCUCGUGUACGUCGACGACGAUGAGCGUUGCGAUAUUCGGGAGCGGACACGCUGCAAGCCAUCUUUGCUCGGAUCUCGAGAUUCCAGGGUCCUGGCUGACUGCAUCAACUCUCUCACUCGAAAGUCCAGUGGCAGCCUGCAGCAUCGGUCCACAUUGGCGAGUUCCGUGCAGCUGCCGGUGACCAUUGGCUCGUCGGUCCACUCUCUGGUUCUAGGUUACAGCCUCACUCUGCUCGCUGUCUUUGGAUCCGUACCACCAAUUCGCGUUCUGAGGAGGCCGUUGUCUCGAAAGCGAUCGGCUCGACCCAUCUUCGCAUCGUCUGCUUGA